AUGGCGUUUCCCGGCAUGUCAGCUCCCGGCUUGGGUGGCCAAGGUGUCGGUCUGGACGAGCAGAAGCUCAAGGAGCAGCAGAUGAUCAAAUUUAUGCAACAAGCCAUGGAGUCAUGUCCAGCAAAGACUGCAAUGUCUGGUGUCAUGGGCUUCGGUUUAGGCGGUCUCUUUGGUCUCUUCAUGUCGAGUUUCCGCGCAAAGAACGAUCUGUACAAUGGCGUAGCAGCUGGAUGCAUCACAGGUGGUGCUCUCGCCGCCAAAGCCGGUCCCCAGGCCGCUGCUCUUGGUUGCGCUGGUUUUGCUGGUUUCAGUGCCGCUAUCGAUUACUACAUGCGCAUGCCGAACGACGACACAGCCGCCGACCCCAUCGCUUAG